AUGGCAACCCCUAACCACACGGGUGCCAGCCAUUCAUUCUUCAUUCUGCUGGGGAUCCCUGGCCUGGAAGACCAGCACUUGUGGAUCUCUCUCCCCUUCUUUAUUUCCUUCCUUGUUGCUGUCCUUGGGAAUAGCCUCCUUGUCUUCCUCAUCAUCACUGAACGCAGCCUCCAUGAACCCAUGUACCUCUUCCUCUGCAUGCUGGCUGUGGCCGACCUCAUCCUGUCCACUACCACUGUGCCCAAAGCCCUGGCCAUAUUCUGGUUCCACGCUGGAGAGAUUUCUCUUGAUGGCUGCAUCACCCAAAUCUUCUUCAUCCAUGCCACCUUCAUUGCUGAAUCAGGAAUUCUGUUGGCCAUGGCAUUUGACCGCUAUGUGGCCAUCUGUGACCCACUGCGCUAUACCACAGCGCUCAGUUGUGCAGUAAUCAUAAGGGUUGGUCUGGCUGUGGUCCUGAGGAGCUUCUUUGUGAUACUCCCAGAUGUGUUCCUGGUGAAGAGACUGCCUUUCUGCCGUAACAAUGUGCUACCACAUACCUACUGUGAGCACAUGGCUGUUGCCAGAUUUGCUUGUGCUGACAUUCGUGUCAAUGUCUGGUAUGGCUUGUCUGUUCUUCUCUCUACUGUAGUGGUAGAUGCCUUGCUCAUCUUGGUUUCCUAUACCUUCAUCCUCAAUGCGGUCUUCCACCUCCCUUCCCAAGGAGCUCGGCAAAAGGCCCUAGGCACAUGUGGCUGCCACCUUGGGGUCAUUUCCAUGUUCUACUUGCCUGGCAUUUUUACCAUAAUCGCCCAGCGGUUUGGGCAUCAUGUUCCUCCUUAUGCCCACAUUCUGCUGGCAAAUGUCUGCAUGUUAGCCCCUCCUAUGCUAAACCCCAUCAUUUAUGGGGUCAAGACCAGGAAGAUUCGAGAGUAUGUGGUUAGUACUUUGUCUUCACAGUGGAAACACUGCUGA